ACGCUUAUGACGGGACAGUUCGUGUUUAUAUGGGUGACGUUUACGUGCUUUUACAGGAAACGGUCAAGUAAAAAAAAAAAAACUAAAUUUCCCCCUCCAACUCCUCCCCUCGGGUAGUAAAGCAGUAACAGCUGGGCAGGGCGACGUGAGACAUACGGGAGGUUUGCUGUGAGCACAGAGGAGCAAAAGAAGGAGCCCUACCUGGGACACAACUCAGCACCAUGCGGGUAUUCCUGACCCUUACGAUGUGCCUCUUUAUGGCCACAGCUGCAGCCCAGCAUCACUGUGACUCAGAAACUCAGUAUGAAAAGGACGGCGUGUGCUGCAAAAUGUGUGGCCCAGGGUACAAAAUGCGGAAUCUAGGCACUUGUGAUGAACCCCUGUGUGACCCCUGUGCGGAGAAUGAAUAUCAAGAUAAAUACACCAAAGAGGACAAGUGCGAGCGUCAACCGUAUUGCGAUCCCAACAAAAAUUUUGCCAGUCCAGUCCAUCAAAACACUAAGAAGACCACAUGUGUGUGUAAAGAGGGAUUCUACUGUUCCACCAAAGAGUGUUUGUUCUGUAUUGAACACAGCACCUGUACCCCAGGAUCUGGUGUUCAAAUCAAAGGCAGUCAAACAUCUGACACCGUGUGUCAGAAAUGUCCCGAGGGUACAUAUUCCAAUGAGACCUCAAAGGAGGCAGUUUGUAAUAAAUGGACAGAAUGUGACUCAGGGUAUGAAAUUUAUCAGCAAGGAACCGACAAAUCUGACAACACCUGCGUAUAUAGGAGGACUCACAUAGCGUUGUACUGCAUCAUAGCACUCCUGCUCCUGGGCGCAGUCGCAGCUGUAAUACUCCUGUAUCGAAAAAAAUCAGGAUAUGUGACAGGAACAGCGAAGGGCUUCAUGGAGCGUCUGAAUAAUGAAGAUGAGAAGACGCCAGACGUCAGAAUCCCCGUGAUAAGGAUGCCGGUAGAAAAUGAGGACGAACUGAGCGUUCCGGAGAUGUCCACAGAAGACCACGGAGCAACUUUAAAUGGCAACUACGUGGCCCAGGAGUUCGGGAAAGCCGAAGUGGUCUCUCGACAGGAGUCCCAGACGGGGAGUGUAGUGAGUGUGACCCGUGGUGGGCAGCACCCCCUCACAGAAGGUUCUCUGGUCAUCUGCUGAAGGUGAUUUCCUCAAGAGGAGUUCGCAUGCACUUCCUGUUCUUGUGUGGAUUAUCUCAAAGUUAUUUUUUCCACUGUCCCAAAACACAUUCAUUAGAUUCAUCAAAGAUUAUAGACGUGACUUAAUUGAUACAUGGUUUGCCUUGCUAGUCCCUGUUGAUGAAUAGACCAUUUCUCUCCAUAAUCUGGGGGGUGCUCAUGCUUCUUUGAACAGGAUGAGUCUGAUACUAAUACAAUUCAUGAAUUUAACAGGUUGUGCCGUUCAUCCUUGAACAGAUGUAUUAAAGUACAUUGUCAAUUUUUUUUAUUUAAUGUACAUAUAGAUAUGUGUAGUUUAAAGUUUGGUUGAAUGAAUUUUGAUGUUGUAUUUUACUGUCUAUUUUACUGUGAUUUUGAUUAAUUGUGUUUCUAUUUGCAUGUAAUGUUUUGCUUUGCAUUGAAAGUGCAUAAAGUUGUUUUUGUUAAAGUUUCUUCUUUCUUUUCUUUUUAGUUGAACGUAUUUUUCUACUGGUGGUGAUAGUGUUGCAUCAAAAGGCCCCAUUCAAAUGAAAAUGCAUUUAUUUAUGCAACGAGAAGCAAAGGUUUAAGUUUGGCCUUUUUCUGCUGCCUGGAUGUGUUCAUAGUCACAACUUAUUUGUAAAUAAAUUAUCCGAAAUUUAAUUAUCCGGAUCAUCAUUGACAAUUACAGUUAACUGGGGUAAAAAGAGUUUUAAAAAA